GGGUCUGGCGCGCAGGAGUCGGUCCGGCACGCACUGAGAACCUAUUGGUUGGCGCGGUUCGGAUCACCGCCCGGAUUGGCCCGAGCCACGCCCCGGGAGUGCGUCUGGGAGCCGGGUGCAGGAGAUUGAGCGGGAGGCCAUCAUGAAGAAACUACGAGCAGCUGUGGGAAGUCGUUGCAGGAAGCAGGCAUCCAGCCAGGAGGGAAGGGAGAUAUGUGCCCUCAGCAGCAGCCAGGUCAAGCCUUCUGCCCCUAAUGGCCUGGCCGAGCAGCAGAAGGAGGUGGUAUUGCAGGCCUCCGUCUCCCCGUACCAUCUAUUCAGAGACACAGCUGAGGUCACAGUCUUCCGGGAGAGUCUGCUGAGCUGGUACGACCAAGAGAAGCGGGACCUACCCUGGAGAAGGCUGGCAGAGAGUGAGGUGGACCUGGACAGGCGGGCAUAUGCUGUGUGGGUCUCAGAGGUCAUGCUGCAGCAGACCCAGGUUGCCACGGUGAUCAACUAUUAUACCCGAUGGAUGCAGAAGUGGCCAACCCUGCAGGACCUGGCCAGUGCCUCCCUGGAGGAGGUGAACCAGCUCUGGGCUGGCCUAGGCUACUACUCUCGAGGCCGGCGGCUGCAGGAGGGAGCCCGGAAGGUGGUAGAGGAGCUAGGGGGCCACGUGCCACGUACAGCAGAGACUCUGCAGCGGCUCCUGCCUGGUGUGGGGCGGUACACAGCCGGAGCCAUUGCUUCCAUUGCCUUUGGCCAGGCAGUCGGUGUGGUGGAUGGAAAUGUAGUACGGGUGCUCUGCCGUGUCCGAGCCAUUGGUGCUGAUCCCAGCAGCACCUUUGUCUCCCAGCAGCUCUGGAGUCUAGCCCAGCAGCUAGUAGACCCAACCCGGCCAGGGGACUUUAACCAAGCAGCCAUGGAGCUGGGGGCCACAGUGUGCACCCCGCAGCACCCACUCUGCAGCCAGUGCCCUGUGCAGAGCCUGUGCCGGGCACGCCAGAAAGUGGAGCGGGAGCAGCUCUCAGCCUCACAGAGCUUGCCAGGCAGUGCUGAUGUGGAGGAGUGUGCUCCCAACACUGGACAGUGCCAGCUCUGCGCGCCUCCCUCAGAGCCCUGGGACCAGAGCCUGGGAGUGGCCAACUUUCCCAGAAAGGCCAGCCGCAAGCCCCCCAGGGAGGAGUGCUCUGCCACUUGUGUUCUGGAGCAGCCCAGGGCCCUUGGGGGUGCCCGAAUUCUGCUGGUGCAGAGGCCCAACUCAGGUCUGCUGGCAGGACUGUGGGAGUUCCCAUCUGUGACCACGGAGCCCUCAGGGCAGCAUCAGCGCAGGGCCUUGCUGCAGGAACUGCAGAAUUGGGCCGGGCCCCUCCCGGCCACCCGCCUCCAGCACCUUGGGCAGGUGGUCCACACCUUCUCUCACAUCAAGCUGACAUAUCAAGUAUACGGUCUGGCCCUGGAAGGGCAGACCCCGGUGACUGUCGCACCACCUGGCGCUCGCUGGCUGACCCGGGAGGAGUUUCACACCGCAGCUGUCUCUACCGCCAUGAAAAAGGUGUUCCGCGUGUAUGAGGGCCAACAGCCGGGGACCUGCAAGGUGAGUCUCUUGGCCCUCACCCUGCCAUCUCUCUCCAGGCCCGGAUCCAUGGGUUUUCAGUGAGUUAAAUGACACAUGUUUGGGUGAACCUUCUCCACUCAAGGCCUCAACAGGGGGAGAGGAAUAGUUCUUCACCUGAAGAGCUUACAGUCUGGGGUCCAGGGUGCAGAGGGGACAAGAGCAAAUGAUACAGAAUAGUGUCACAAGUGUGUGAAACGUUUGUGCUAGGUUUUGUCGGAUAUGAGCUAGAAAGUUGUCAGUUCUCUCUGGGAAGCAAGGAUCAGGAAAGGCUGCUGGGAAGAAGUGGCUGGUAAUCUGGGCCCUAGAAAUGAAUCAUUAUUUCCAGGUUUGGGAGAGGAUCAGCAGGAAGGAUGUUCUUUCCAGGCCCAAGAAUAAUGU